CUUAUAAUGCAAUAUGCUAAUAAUGGGGAUCUCCAAAGUUAUCUUGAAAAUAAUUUUAAGAAUUUGACUUGGAAUGAUAAGAAAAAAUUAGCAUUUCAAAUUGCAGAUGGAUUAAAUUACUUGCACAAUGAAAAUAUUUUGCAUAGAGAUCUUCAUUCUAAGAAUAUAGUUAUUCAUGAAAAUAAUGCUAAAAUUACAGAUUUUGGUAUUUCAAAAAAUCAAAAUAGUUUAAUUUCAACAGCUUAUGUUGGUAAUUUUGGUGUUGUUGCUUAUAUGGAACCAAAACGUUUUAUUGAUCCAAAAUUUCCAUAUGCCAAAUCUUCGGAUAUUUAUAGCUUUGGUGUAUUAAUGUGGGAAAUUUCUAGUGGAUAUCCUCCAUUUAAAGAGAAUGACAAUAAAAUUGCACUUGCCGUUUCUAUUAGUAAUGGUGCUCGUGAGAUUACAAUUACAGGUACUCCCAAAGAAUAUGAAAAUCUCUAUAAAAAAUGUUGGAAACGUGAGCCUGAACAAAGACCAACUAUAAAUGAGAUA